GUCCUUCGCUUGUUUCCUUUCUGGAGGCGGACGAGUCGCUCGAGGAGCAAAUCAAAAUGGCGAGCCAACAGGAGUCCGUGAGGGAGUUUGUCGCCGUUACCGACGUGGACGAGGAGAGGGCCCGGUUUUUCCUGGAGUCCGCCGGCUGGAAUUUGCAGCUUGCACUUGCUAGUUUCUUCGAGGAUGGAGCUGAUGACGACAUAGUGACUCUGCCUCAACCUGAGAUCGGUUCCUCGGUGUCCCGGUCUGCUGGGCCAAGCGCUCAGCCCAGAGUGACGUCCUUCAGAGAUCUGAUGCACGAGGCAGAGGACGAGAGUGACGAGGAGGAAGGCCAAAGGUUUUUCGCGGGAGGGUCAGAGCGCAGUGGGCAGCAGAUCGUCGGGCCUCCCAAGAAGAAGAGCUCCAAUGAAGUGGUGGAGGAUUUGUUCAAGGGAGCGAGGGAACACGGGGCUGUGCCGCUGGACCGGCCUGGACGAGGCCCAGGGGAGUCCAGCAAAGCCAGGGCCUUCAUCGGAGGAGGCUACCGGCUCGGAGCAGCUCCGGAGGAGGAGUCGGCCUACGUGGCUGGAGAGAGGCACGGCUCCAAAGGCCAGCAGGACGUGCACGUGGUGCUGAAGCUGUGGAAGACAGGUUUCAGUCUGGAUAACGGUGAGCUCAGAAACUACAGCGAUCCAGGAAACGCCAACUUCCUUGAGGCAAUCCGAAGGGGCGAGAUUCCCCUGGAGCUGAGGCAGAGGUCUCGAGGGGGCCAGGUCAACCUGGACAUGGAGGACCACAGGGACGAGGACUUCUCCAAACCCAGGAUGGCAUUCAAGGCCUUCGGGGGCGAAGGACAGAAGUUGGGAAGUGCCACCCCAGAGCUGGUUUCAGCCCAGGCGACGUCUCAGCAGGACCAGGCCGCCAUCGAGGCCGAAGCGAGCUCCUCCGUGACCCUCGACUCGUCCCAGCCCGUCACCAACAUCCAGAUCAGACUGGCCGACGGCGGCAGGCUGGUCCAAAGGUUCAACUACACCCACAGGGUGUCCGACGUGCGUCAGUUUCUGGUGGGGGCGCGGCCCGCCAUGGCUGCCAGAGAGUUUGUUCUCAUGACCACCUUCCCCAACAAGGAGCUGUCGGACGAGGGCCUGACCCUGCAGCAGGCCAACCUCCUCAACGCAGUCAUCGUCCAGCGGCUAAACUGAGGCUUAGUGGGGAGGAAGCCCCUCUCCUCCUCCGCCUGGUGGUGUGGCUGAGUAACUGCAGCCCUGUGAAACCUGCUGCCCCUUCUGAGGGAGGAGAAAACACAGACUUAUGUUUCAACUUCUGAUUCCUUUUGUUUCUUUUUUUUUUUUUUUUUUCUAAAAUGAAAAAACAACAUUCUGCUCCCCACGUUUAACCUCCAGCUCUUCUUGGUCUGUGAACGGCUGUUUCAGGGGGAACCUAAAAGUCUCCUAUCCCUUAAGGCCUGUUGGAAAGCUAACGGAUGCUGUUGAUUUGUGGUUGUGAUGUGGGGGAGGGGGGGGGGGGUACUUGACAGCAGUAUAUGGUUGAACCCAAAGAGCAGUUUGGCUGCAGAAAUGCUCUUUUAUUUCCCUUUAUCACGCUCCCCACCCUUCUUCUUCUAUUCACCUUAAGUUGGCCGUCAGCUUUGUUUACUAUCAGUUGCUGGGGCCUCACCAGAUCCACGCAGCGGCACAUCACCCGCGCGCCCCCCCCGCGCCCCGCCUGUCUGUCUCAAUGGCACAAGCCAGAAACACACAGGGAAUACUAGUCUUAAUAAGGUACAAGUACACGUUGAUAAUGUGCUUUAUUGCGAGUUUCCAUCUCUCGCUCCACAUGUUCUAUAUGGGGGGGUGGUGAGGGGAGGGGGGUCUCCACAACCGAUACCAGUAGCCUUACGCUCUUUCAAUUAGCUCCAUCACCAAACCUGUCCCUUUUUUGCAAAUGAAGAUGGAAUUAUUUUUUUAAACCGCCUUUAUCUCCCUCUUUUCCUUUACUGCACCCCCCCCCCCCUCCCUUCCCUUUUACAGACUGUAGGAAGGUCCCAGUUAGACGGUGGCAUUUUGAUAUUGUGUGACGUGACAGUUACACGUAGCUUUAUUGUCCAACCAAUGGCUGAGCUAAAGAACAAUUAGAUUGUAGACAUUGGUUUGUAGAAGUGGAAGUUGAAUUCUAUCGAGGACGCUGACACCUUCUAUGCAUCCUGGGGGGGCGACACAGAAAUAAGUUUGGACCUCUGGUGAAAUAAAUCCAUUUUAUGGUUUGAUGUAUAAAGAA